AUGGCUUGCCCAACCUCAGCCCGAGCAGCUCUGAGGGCUUCCAUCAGACCACUACGUACCAUCACUGCCUCAACGACCUCCUCCCUCUACCGCCGCCCCUACCACUCCUACGACCAUCCGCCGCCCCCGGGCCCCUUCGGCGCUACUGAGACGGCAAUCCUCGCCGCCGCCUACAAGCACGUCCCCGAGCAUGGCUUCACCCAGACCGCCUUGACCCACGGCGCCCGCGACGCCGGCCUCCCCGACAUCAGCCCCAGCGUCCUCACCAACGGACCCUUCACCCUCAUCAAGUACCACCUCGUCACCCAGCGCCAGGCCCUCGCCGAGCGCAGCCGCCAGCUGUUCGAGCGAGACGACGCCCCCGCCGGCGUGGGAGGCAAGGUCGCCGCCCUGACCUGGGAGCGCCUCCUCGCGAACAAGGACAUCAUCCACAGGUGGCAAGAGGCAUUGGCCGUCAUGGCGCAGCCCAGCUACGUCCCCGAGUCCAUCAAGGAGCUCGCCGCCCUCUCGAACGAGAUCUGGUUCCUCGCCGGCGACACCGCCGUCGACCCCUCGUGGUACACCAAGCGCGCCACCCUGUCCAUGGUCUACACCACCACCGAGCUGUUCAUGACCAACGACCACUCCCCGGACUACGUCGAGACGGGCAAGUUCCUGACCCGCCGCCUGGACGAGGUCAAGUCCGUCGGCGGCGCCCUGGGCAACAUCGGCCAGUGGGUUGGCUUCACUGCCAACGCCGGCAUCAACAUCCUGAGGAGCAAGGGAGUCCGGAUAUGA